AUGACAAAAACGUCUAUUUUGAGAGAACAUGAUAAUCUGAACGAUGAUUUUCAUCAACCCAACAGCCAACUUGAAUUGACUCAGCUAGCAUACAUUACUCCGUGGAACAGAGGAGGUUACGAUCUGGCUGAAAAAACUGCUCACAAGUUGACACACGUGUCUCCCGUUUGGUUUCAAGCCAGACCAUCACAAAUUGACGGAGUUUUGAACACCUGCAAAAUUGAAGGAAUGCAUGAGAUUAAGCGAGAUUGGUUGGAAUCAUUGAGAGAGAAAAACGAGAAAAUCAAAAUUGUUCCUAGAAUCAUAUUUGACGAGUGGAGUUCUGAACAAAUGAAGGCGUUUUUGAUGGAUGCCCAAACUGCAAAACGCUGUUUCGAAGAUAUUGCAAAUUUCUACAGUAGGAACCAACUCGAUGGAGCAGUUGUUGAACUGUAUAUGCAAGCCUUAAUAUCUAUACAAUCUCUACAAAUCAAAAGCGUGAUCAUCGAGAGCUUGCAUGAUUUAAAGAAAUCAUUCAGAAAAUUGCACAUGCAAGUCAUUUACACUGUUCCAGCACCUCUCGAAUGGGACAACCAGCCAAACAAUUUGAUUACACCAGGCGAAUACCGCAAACUAACCGAUGCUGCAGAUUUUGUUCAAAUCAUGACGUAUGACUACCGUGGUAACAAACCUGCCGGAGUUGCUCCAUAUGAUUGGUUCGAAAGUUGUAUUUUCUAUUUGGGUGGUGGUACGAAAACACUGGCAGGACUAAACUUCUAUGGUUACGAAUUUUCGAAAGGAAAGGUGGAUGCGAUCACUUUCGACAGGUAUCUCAAAGUCUUGAAAUCUGACAAAACAACACUCUCAUUUGACGAGAACUCGAUGGAACACAAGCUGAAAACACCAACUUCAGUGAUCUACUACCCAUCGUUGACUUCUCUCGAAUUGCGAAUCAAUAUGGCUCAUCGUUACGAUGUUGGAAUUGCUAUUUGGGACUACGGACAGGGGCUGAAUCACUUCACGAACCUGCUCAUUUGA